AUGAAACAUCUUUGGCCGUUGGUGGCGUGGAUUCUCCUGUCCUCGUGUCCGGCGGAUUCCAUCAAAGGAAUCGGACGUGGAUCGAGGCGGGAGGUAUUCUUUCUAAAUCUUGAAGACGGAUAUUUCGGUUGUCAAGUUAAUGCGUCGACGGAUGUUCUGCAAUUGCUGGAGCUGUCGAGACUGUGUGACGGAAAAAACGAUUGUUACCUCGGUGCCGACGAGGACCGGGCCACACUGAAGUGCACAGACGAUUGUACAAAAGACGAUGGCACAAAAUGCCAGAAUGGGGUGUGCCUUGACUCGGUGUGCCACUGCAACGAUGGCUUCGGCGGAUGCAAUUGUCAAGUGCCAGAUGAAAACGAGUGUAAGUACAGGCCCUGUGAUAUUUUUGCCCACUGUACGAACACCCUGGGUGGUUUCCACUGCUCCUGCUACCCCGGCUACAGCGGUGAUGGUUUCACCUGCGAAGACAUAAAUGAAUGCGAAGAUCCAGUGUUGGCAGGACGAUGCGUUGAUAAUGCCGAGUGUUGUAAUUUGCCGACAAAUUUUCUGUGCAAAUGCAAGACAGGAUUCACUGGUGAUGGUGAGAUACACUGCGAUGACAUCAACGAGUGUCAAUACGAGGGUACAUGCGGUGUAAAUGCAAUCUGUCAAAAUACCAUCGGUAAUUUCACCUGCAAUUGUCACGAAGGAUUUACGGGUAAUCCCUACAAAAGCUGUGAAGACAUAAACGAAUGCGCGUACGCCAACACUUGCGGUCGAAAUGCGAAUUGCAUUAAUCUGGUAGGUGCCCAUCGUUGCGAGUGUCUUGAAGGAUUCGAGGGUAGUCCUGAUUCAGGUUGCACCGAUGUUGACGAAUGCACGAGAAGUCCCUGCGGACGUUCAGCAUUAUGUACGAAUAUCGAGGGAAACUUCAGGUGUUCAUGCCCAGAUGGAAUGGACGGCGAUCCCUUCACAGGCUGUCACGACAUCAACGAGUGUGAGCUGAGCAGUCCCUGCGGAAAAGACUCGCAGUGCGUUAACAAAGAGGGCGGUUUCGAGUGUCAAUGUCUCCAUGGAUUUCAAAAAGAUCCUAUUCUCGGUUGUAUCGACGUUAACGAGUGCUCGAGGGACAAUACCUGCGCUGCUAAUGCCAAAUGCAUUAAUAUCCCAGGAUCGUACAAGUGCAUUUGCCCUCAGGGAUUCGUUGGACAGGGUCUCAUCCACUGCGAGAAUGUUAACGAAUGUAAGAAAAAUCCGUGCGGUGAGAAUGCCGAGUGUAUCGAUACCCUGGGAAGUUUUCAAUGCAGAUGCAAACAGGAUUACACUGGAGAUCCGUUCAAUAAGUGCACUGAUAUCGACGAAUGCAAUGUCCUGGAGAAUCCCUGCGGUGUUAAUGCUGUAUGUAGGAAUGCUGUGCCAGGUUACAGCUGCGAGUGCCCACCAGGAUACACCGGCAAUCCCAAUCCAUCAGUUGCUUGUGAUCAAACUGACGUAACAACUCUCUGCAAAUCGAAUUUCGACUGCGUCAAUAACGCGGAGUGCAUCGAGGGUCAGUGCUUCUGCAAGGACGGCUUCAAGGCCAGUGGUGCUGAAUGCAUGGAUGAGAACGAGUGUGCAGCAAAUCCCUGUGGUCCAUCAUCGGUAUGCACAAAUACCCGAGGAAGUUAUCACUGCGCCUGUGAGACCGGUUUCAUCGGUACUCCACCGCAUGUACCAUGCAAAGCUCCAUGCGAUGAUGUAACAUGUGGUGAGCACGCAUACUGCAAGCCUGAUGGUCACGAGGCGUACUGUAUCUGCCAGGAUGGCUGGACCUUCAAUCCGAAUGACAUAUCAGCCGGUUGUGUCGAUAUAAAUGAGUGCGACGCUGUAAAUGGGCCCUCAGGACGUUGCGGCAGAAACGCAAUAUGCACUAAUACACCUGGAGGUUUUACAUGUCAGUGCAAGCCCGGAUACUCAGGCAAUGCAUUCAAGCAGUGCAUCGAUGUGGAUGAAUGUGCGAGAGGAGAUGCCUGCGGACAUGGUGCUAGUUGCACCAAUACCGAGGGUGGCUACAAUUGCGCAUGCCCCGAAGGCACUAUACCAGAUCCAGAUCCAUAUAUUAAGUGUGUUGGUGUUGUUACCUGUGAAUUAGAUGGUGAUUGCCCGGGUAAUGCCAUCUGCGAUCCACAGAAGAGAUGCCUGUGUCCCGAGCCAAAUGUUGGAAAUGACUGUCGACAUCCGUGCGAAGACGUGUUCUGCGGUCCCAACGCCCACUGUAUGCUGUUGAAUGAUAUUGCCACGUGCCUCUGCAGAAAUGGUUACACUGGUAAACCCGGUAUCAAGGGGGGCUGCACAGAUAUCGAUGAGUGCGCGGGUAAUCCCUGCCCACCAGGCGCAAUUUGUAAUAAUGAGGCUGGUGCUUUUUCGUGUCAAUGCCCGAGUGGAACGACGGGGGAUCCUUACAUCGGUGGCUGUCAAAAAUCCGAUCUACCUCACAUAUGUGGACCUAGUACACCAUGUCCACCUGGUGAACAGUGCAUCAAGGAUGAAUUUAUUGGUAACAGCGUUUGCAUAUGCCAGAGAGGAUACACUCGUGAUCAUGAGACUGGUAAAUGCAGGGAUAUUAAUGAGUGCAUGGAGCACAGGGAUAAACCAGCCUGUGGUAUUAAUGCUAUCUGCAAAAAUUUGCCAGGAAGUUAUGAAUGCCAAUGUCCAUCUGGAUUCAACGGAAAUCCAUUUACUCUGUGCGAAGAAUGCAAUACAAUCGAAUGUCAGUGUCAACCACCCUACAAACUGGUAGACGGCAAAUGCAUGCUGGCUAGUUGCUCAAAGGGUGAAUCCUGUCCGGCAGGCGCUGAAUGCAUCACAAUAGCCGGUGGAGUAAGUUAUUGCGCCUGUCCAAAGGGCUACAGCACGCGUCCAGACGGUUCUUGCGAGGAUAUAAACGAGUGUACAGAAGGCCGCCAGGUCUGUGGUUAUGGCGCCGAGUGUAUAAACUUACCUGGCUCUCACCAAUGCAUCUGCCCCCACGGCUACGGUGGUGAUCCAUACAAUGGAUUGUGCGCCCCCGCCCAGAAGCGGUGCACAAGUGACACCGAGUGCCGAUCCAAUGAGAAAUGCGUCCAGCCCGGAGAAUGUGUGUGUCCCCCUCCAUUCUACACAGAUCCAUUGGAUGGUAAUAAGUGUAAAAAUCCAUGCGAGCGUUUUCCAUGCGGUAUGAAUGCCAAAUGCACACCAAGUGAUCCACCAAAAUGCAUGUGCGAGACAGGUUACGAGGGUGAUCCUCAGCACGGUUGUGUCGAUGUCAACGAGUGUGCGAAUAAUCCUUGCGGUCACGGUGCCUAUUGCAUUAAUAAUCGAGGUGGACACAUCUGUGAAUGUCCACGUGGUACUGUUGGUGAUCCAUACGGUGGUGGAUGCACUGGUGCAAUUCAACCGCGUCAAGAGUGCUCGAGUAAUAACGACUGCGACAAUUAUCUAGCAUGUGUCCAAGGUAGUUGUGUUAAUCCCUGCGAAAAUGUACCGUGUGGACCCAAUGCCUACUGCGAACCCGAUAAGCAUGCCCCCUGGUGUCGCUGUGUCGUUGGAUUCACAGAGGGUAAAAACAAUGAGUGCGUAUCCCAGUGCGAUGGCUUCAUAUGCGGUCGUGGUGCUCAGUGUAUUGUGUCUUACGAUGGACCAACUUGCAAAUGCAUCGAGGGAUUCAUGGGUAAUCCCUUUCCAGGUGGUCAGUGUAUACCCGAUAUGUGCUCACAGGAUGUACCGUGUCUCGAGCCAAGUGUCUGUAUAAGUGGUCGUUGCAAAAAUCGUUGUGAAGGUGUUACUUGUGGUAUCGGUGCUGCUUGUGAUCCACAGACUAACAAGUGCGUUUGUAAUCCGUAUUUCGUUGGUCAUCCAGAUCUACUCUGCAUGCCGCCUAUUGAACCACCAAAGUGUCUCCCCGAUUGUGGAGCUAAUGCACACUGUGAGUAUGAUUUUCCUGAAUUUAAAUGUCUCUGCAAUCCUGGAACAACGGGAAAUCCUUAUCAGGGUUGUGGUGCACAGAAGAAAUCUGAAUGCACAACAUCCACUUGUGGAAUUGAUGCCCAUUGCCAUGCUAGUCCUCACGCUGUAGAAUGCGUUUGUCCACCUGGUUACGCUGGUAAUCCGUAUAUUCAGUGUCAUGACAUUAACGAAUGCAAUGGGAAUGCUUGUGGGGCAAAUGCCGUUUGCAUCAACACGAUUGGCAGUUACGAUUGUAGAUGCAAAGAGAACUUCUUUGGAAAUCCCUUCAUCGGUUGCUCCGCGGUACAACCUGGCCCCUGUAGUGAUCCCACCACUUGUCGAUGUAGUUUUGAUGUACCCUGUCCCAUGGAUUAUACCUGCGUCGGUGGUAAAUGUAUCAACAAAUGUCAGAACGUCAAAUGCGGCCCCAAGAGCGUUUGCCAGGAUGGCAACUGCAUAUGUCCUUCUGGAUACACUGGAAAUCCAAAUGAUUCUGAAGGAUGUCGUCUCAUUGGCCAUUGCUCAAACGAUUUUGACUGUCAGCCCCAGCAGAUUUGCUUCCAGAUAGGUAAAGGGGUGCGUAAAUGUGUAGACGCUUGUUCUAAGCUCCAAUGCGGCCCAAAUGCCCUGUGCAUUACUCAGAAUCAUGUCUCCUCUUGUUUGUGUAUCGACGGGUACUUCGGGAAUCCCAGUAAUCUCGUCGAUGGCUGCCAAGUUGAUAGGUCUAAUGUCCCGGGAGGCUGUAAACAUAACACAGACUGUCCAGUUGGUCACAUUUGUCUGUUGGAUAAUGGUAUCCAUCAGUGCGUUAAUCCCUGUCGAAGUGUGGUAUGCGGUGCUCAUCAGAGAUGCUAUGCCGACGCUUCAGGUCACACUUGCAAGUGUGAGGAUGGAUACGAGUGGAAUCCAGUGUCAUCAAGCUGUGAGAAGCCAUCGGUACCGGACUGUAUUCACGAUGGUGACUGCCAGUCAAUAGCAGCCUGUCGACCUGAUGCCUUAGGUGUCCUCAAGUGCAUUCCCAUCUGCCAAACCUUCACUUGCGCCCCUAACGCUCAGUGCAUCGCCAAUAAUCAUCAAGCCACCUGCGAGUGCUUGGCAGGAUUCUCAGGAAAUCCAAAUGAUCGGAGAGGCUGCCAGAGUGUCCGUCAAAACAGAUGCAACACCGAUUCUGAAUGCUCUGAAGAUCAAGCCUGCAGAUCGUCCGGAGAUAUUCUGGUCUGUCUUCCAGUCUGCAAUUUCGUUACCUGUGGGCCAAAUGCUCUUUGCGUUGUCAAUAAUCACGAGGCCCAUUGCGAGUGCCCAUUAGGAUCAUACGCUGGUGAUCCAAACAAUCCAAUCAGUGGCUGCAAGGAAGUACCGUGCGUUUACAAUAUCGAUUGUCCACCAGCGCAACUCUGCAAUCGGUUGACCCACACUUGUCAUAACGCCUGUAACGAGCACUCAUGUGGCAUCAAUGCUGUUUGCAUCCCUGACGAUCAUCGUGCAAUUUGCCAGUGUCCACCUGGCUUCAAACCAAAUCCAGUGGCUGACGUGAGCUGUGCAGCGGUGGAGGCUUGCAAUCCAAAUCCCUGUCAUCCCACCGCAGUGUGCGUUGUUGGCGCUAAGGAUUCACCAGUCUGCCAGUGUCAACCGGGACAAGUCGGUGAUCCUUACGAGGCUGGAUGCGUGCCAGAGGGAUCUUGUCGGAGUGAUAAAGACUGCCCGGUACACGCAAUAUGUCAGAAUCACAGGUGCUUCAAUCCAUGUGAAAAUGCAUGUGGUCCAAAUGCCAUUUGUCAGAUUGUCAAUGGCGAGACGAUUUGCAAGUGCAUUCAUCGGUUCGUGCCAUCUGUAGAAGGACCUCAGCAUGGGUGUGUGAGAAGCAGCACUUAUUGUGGAUCAUCAGCUGAUUGUCCAGAUGGUAAUUGUCUCGAUGGCCAGUGCAAAGCUGUCUGCAGAUCCAUCGAUGACUGCGCUGUGGGUGAAAAAUGCGUCAGCAAUGUCUGCGUAAUUCCCUGCGUCACUCCGAGUCAAUGUCAAGCAGAUCAAAACUGUCACAACGGCGUCUGCAUUCUCGGUUGUCGAAGUAAUAAGAACUGCCCGGCUGAUCAAUCCUGCAUCAAUAGUCGUUGUCAGAAUCCCUGCGCAAAGGAUAAUGUGUGUGGAGCAAAUGCAAUCUGCAGCUGUAUCGAACACAACACCCAGUGCUUCUGUCCCGAUGGAUUCCAGGGUAAUCCAACUCCUCAACAAGGCUGUGUCAGAGUCCCAAGCAUAUGCUCAACCGAUCACGAGUGCCCGGCACAACAUCAGUGCACUGGAGGCCUCUGCCAAUGCACUUGCACAUCAAAAGCCAAUUGCGCACACGGAGAGAGAUGCAAAAAUGGUUUAUGCGUCAAAAUCUGCUACGGAAAUGGCAACUGUCUACCUGGAGAGCACUGCGUCGACGGUAUCUGCGAGGUUGGCUGCACGUCCGACGCUGGCUGUCGAAGUGACGAAGUCUGCAUCAACGGAAAAUGUCGCUGCAGUCACGGAUUCAUAUCAGGUGGCGACAAGUGCAUUGAUGUUAACGAGUGCAAUGAACAUCCCUGUCAUCCCACCGCUGAAUGUGUCAAUUUUCACGGAAGUUAUCGAUGUGUCUGCCCUUCUGGAACCGCUGGUGAUCCUGUUGGAACUGGUUGUUUAAUUCCCAAUCAAUGCCACGAUAAUAACGACUGCGUAGACUCGCAGGAAUGUGUCGAUCAUACGUGCAUCGAUCCCUGUUCAAUCGUCGAUUGUGGUGAGAAUACCAUAUGCUCAGUGAUUGAUCAUCAAGCGGGCUGUCAGUGCCAGCCAGGAUUCAUCGGUGAUGCCUCUGGCUGCUUCAAAGUCGAGUGCCUAACUGACAACGAUUGUCCAACCGACAAAUACUGCAACAGUGAGAGCAACAAGUGCUCUAGCCCCUGCAACAGAGUCAACUGUGGUUAUGGAAAUUGUGUGGCAGUUGCUCACAACGCCAUCUGUAAAUGUCACAAAGGCUUCGAGCUAGUUGGUGAUAUCUGCGUGGAUAUUGACGAGUGCCUCCAUCAUCCUUGUCAUCCAUCCGCAAUCUGUCACAAUACAGAGGGUACUUACACCUGCACUUGCCCACGCGGACUGAUCGGUGAUCCAGUCGAAUUGGGCUGUAAGAAACCAGGAGAUUGCUUCGGUGAUUCUGAUUGUCCAACGACAGCCGCCUGCAUCGACAACACGUGUAGAAAUCCGUGUGAUGUUGCGGGCCAGCAUAAACCCUGCGGUCGCAAUGCCGAGUGUCACGUGAGAAAUCACAUCGUACAAUGUAGAUGUCCAGGACAGAGCCAAGGUAAUCCCAGAGUCGAGUGCGUCAAGAAUGAAUGCAAUUAUCAUAGCGAUUGUGGUUCUCCCAAUGCAUGUUUCGAUCAUAAAUGCGUGGAUCCGUGUUCGGUGCCGAAUGUCUGCGGACACGGCGCUGAUUGUUCACCACUGAAUCACUCGGCGGUAUGCACUUGUCAGCCCGGUGGCACUGGUGAUCCAAAUCUUGGUUGCACACCUGUUCAAUACUGCAAAACUGACAGUCAGUGUCCAACCGGGGCAUCCUGCAACGGUGGAAUUUGCACAUCUCUCUGCACAACCGUUAGAGACUGUAUCGCUGAUCAAUUGUGCAUCAAUGGCCUGUGCAUGCCGACGUGCAGGACAAAUUCCACAUGUCCAGAGUAUCAAUUCUGUCAGAAUAACAUCUGCGUACAAGAAUUUCGUUGCAGUGAGGAUCACGACUGCGGUUACGACGAGAAAUGCAUUAAAAAUAAUUUGGGACAGGCCGAGUGCAAGCCUUCCUGCGAUCUCAUUCUUUGUGGAAGGAACGCUCAAUGCAAAUCCGACAAUCACAAAGCCACAUGUACCUGCGAUAAAGGCUUCUUCGGUGACGCUUAUGACGAUAAAAUGGGCUGUCAGCCGAUAGAGUGCGAGAAUCACGAACAGUGCUCCGACGAGAAAAUUUGCGAGCAUUAUAAAUGUAGAAUUGCCUGUCUGGCUCACAAUCCUUGUGGUCUCAAUGCGAUCUGCACAGCUCGUCAUCACGAUCAAAUAUGCACUUGUCAACCAGGAUACACCGGAGUGGCGACCCAGGGCUGCCAUCUUAUCGAUUUUUGCGCAACAUCGCCAUGCGCUCCCGGCGCAGUCUGCACGAACGUCCGUGGUACGUACAAGUGUCACUGCCAAUCGGGCACUGUUGGUGAUGCCUAUAACAGCGGCUGUCAAGUUCCAGUGGAGUGCCUCAAAGACGCAGACUGUCCAUCAACAGCCAAAUGCAUUGAAAUAAAUGGCAUUCCCAAAUGCGCAGACGUCUGUGCGAGAGUUAACUGCGGUCCAAAUGCUGAAUGCACAGCUAUAGCUCAUGCUGGCACCUGCAGGUGUCGUCCUGAAUACGAGGGUGAUGCCAAUGAUCUCAGAAUUGGUUGCAGGCCACAACCAGUCGUUUGUUCCCACUCGCAGGACUGUCCUGCCAACACCUACUGCUAUGAACACGUGUGCCGACCGUCUUGUCAAUCAGACGAAGAGUGCAAUCUGACAGACAGAUGUUUGAAUGGUGUCUGCAUGGAUCCGUGCUCUGUGAGAGCAGCCUGCGGUAUCAACGCGGAUUGUCGGGUAGUUAGUCACAUCAAGAGCUGCAGUUGUCCCCCAGGAUUUACUGGAAAUUCCGAAGUUGAGUGCGUUAGACUGCCAGUUUCCUGUCACCGCCACGACGACUGCAGUCAUGGCAACACAUGUCGGGACAAUGUUUGCUUGCCAGUAUGCUCGUCUGAUAAUGAAUGUGCGUUCAACGAGAAGUGCAUCAAAGGAAAUUGCCUCCUAACGUGUCGUCUGGAUAAUGAUUGCUUCUUGGGACACAUUUGUCUCAACAAUAUGUGCUCUUAUGGUUGUCGGGCUGACGAGGAUUGCAAUGCCAAUGAGGCUUGCUCUGGUAACAAAUGUAUGAAUCCUUGCGAAGCCACACCGUGCGGUCCCAAUGCCAAAUGCACUGUGAUAAAUCAAAGAGCAUCCUGCGCGUGUCCCAGUGGAUUUAUUCCGAAUCCAUCCGCUAGGAUCGCUUGCUCCAGGAGUCCAGGUCCACUCUGUGACGCGAACAGAGACUGCAUUCCAGGUAUGGCCUGUGUCGCUGGCACGUGCUCACCGGUCUGCUCCUCCGAUGCCAAUUGUUUAAGCAAUGAACGUUGUGACGCAACAGGAAUCUGUAAGUCACUGUGCCGACAGGACGAGGACUGCAGGAGUGGUGAGAUCUGCGAGGGUCUAGUCUGUCGUAUCGGAUGUCGGGCUGAUCUCGAGUGCCCCGAGAAUCUCGCCUGCAUAAAUAAUCAGUGCAUCAACCCCUGCAGUGUCACAGACUGCUGUGGCACAAAUUCUGACUGCAGCGUAUUCAAUCACCAGAAGCAGUGCAGCUGUCCGCCACCCUUGAUUGGCGAUCCCCUAAUAGGCUGUCGCAGGAGCUACCUGUCCUGCUCCACCGAGGCAUCAUGCCUGCCUGGCCACGUCUGCUACGGUCACGCCUGCUUUGCUGCAUGUCGCAGCGACAGGGACUGCCUGAACGACGAACGCUGCGACCAGGGUGUCUGCAAGUCCAUCUGCAACACCGACGAUCACUGCUCGACAAAUCAAAUAUGCGAAAAUCGCAUAUGCGAGCUGGGCUGCCGAAGCGAUCUCUCAUGCCCGAACGACGAGGCCUGCGUCAACAACAGAUGUCACAAUCCUUGCGAGGGUGGCAAAGCAUGCGGUGAAUGCGCUGGCUGCAGAGUCGUUGAUCACGACGCCCAGUGCAGCUGUCCACCGAAUUAUUAUGGAAAUGCUCUCGUCAGCUGUACGAAAUCAAUGAUUCCAUGCGACGGAACUUGCGAAUGCGACGAGACUGGAUACUGCGUCAAGAGUUGUGGAAGUAAUGGAGAUUGUUCAUGCGGAGAACUCUGCGACGGUGGCAAGUGCCGGAUCAAGUGCGACGCCAGUAAUUCCUGCGCCAAGGGCUAUAUUUGCUCAAAAGGUAUGUGCAUUACUGGCUGUCGCACCCACUCCGAUUGUCCAUCCUCCCUCUCGUGUACCAAUGGACGAUGCGAGGAUCCGUGUCUCGUUGGAGGUUCACCCUGUGGUAUCAACGCCCUCUGUAGGGUUUCUAGUCACCGAGCGGUUUGCCUGUGCCCUGAGGGAUAUCAGGGCGAGCCCAGUCGAGAAUGCUACCAGCUCGAGUGCCACAGGAAUGAGGACUGCGAUCCGAAUAAACAAUGCAGCGCUGACGGCGUCUGCACAAAUCCCUGCCUCCAGCACGGCGCCUGCGGAUUCAAUGCCCAGUGCCGAGUCGUUGAUCGCCAUGCCCAAUGCUCGUGUCCACCAGGACACUACGGAAAUCCCUUGGUCAACUGCAAACCAGGGGGCGACGAGUGCCUGCGAAGACCCUGCGGUAUCAACGCCAAAUGUCGUGAGACAUCGAAUGGAUUCGAAUGCACCUGUUCACCUGGAUGCUACGGUGAUCCACAUCAAGUAUGUGUCUGCAAAGAAGGGGAUUUAUGUCGCGAGACCAGUUGUGGAGUCAAUGCCGCCUGCAGAAUAUACCGAAAACGACCUCAGUGUUAUUGCCCUCCAGAGUUCCCCUCGGGUGAUCCCCUCCAUGCUUGCAGCUCUGAUAGAAGUGCACUUGACUGUCGUACCACUGGAUGUGGAAAAGGCGCAGAAUGCAUCAGGGAUGGGCCAAUAUUCGUAUGCAGGUGUCCACCAGGUAGUGCUGGCUCACCUGACUUCGAGUGCAAAAUAGAGAGAGAAUGCACGAGUGACUCGGAGUGUCCGAACGAGAAGGCCUGUAUUAAUCUCCAGUGUUUGGACCCAUGUGCUUUGCGCGGUGCCUGCGGAAAGAAUGCCCUCUGCCGUGUUAUACUCCACAAACCCCGAUGUACAUGCCCGCAGUGUUACGUUGGUUCACCCCAGACCUCAUGCAGACCAGUACCAAAAUGCCAAUCACUCCAUCCACCCGAAAAUAUACCAAUCGAUUGCACAACAGACACAGACUGUCCAGAGAGUUUAUCAUGCCACGGUAAAACAGGUGAAUGCCGUGAUCCAUGCACAACAUCUGGCAAUUACAAUUGUGAAUCAAACAAACGUUGUCAAGUACGUGAUCAUCGGCCAAUGUGUGUAUGUAAACAUGGAUUUGUCGUUAAUGAUAUUGGUGAAUUGACAUGCGCACCCGAGACAUCAUCGUGCGCACGUGAUGUUGAUUGUCCAUCAAAUGCAGCAUGCAUUCACAGCAAAUGUCAAAAUCCAUGUAUGAAUGGUAGAAGUAGAAAUGGUCCAUGCACUGAUGGAAAAUUAUGCGAUGUACUAGAUCAUCGUCCCAUAUGUAUUUGCACAAAAAAUUGCAAUCCCACAUUAUCAAUAUGUCUGCGUGACAACGGCUGCUCAGCAGACAUGGCAUGCCGUAAUUAUAGAUGUAUGGAUCCAUGCAGCAUUGCCAACUGUCCCGCAGAUGCACCCUGUUACGUCGAGGAGCACAGGCCCGUCUGCAAGUUCUGUCCCCCUGGCUUCGUGCCCGAUCCCAAAUACGGAUGCAUGAAAGACGUCAAAUGUACAACCCACGAUGAGUGUCCACCACAGUUAGCCUGUAUCAACGAUCAGUGUUUGAAUCCAUGCACAUCGGGAAAUCCCUGUGACUAUGUUGAGGACUGCCAUGUCCAGGAUCAUCGGCCGGUCUGCGUCAAGAACGAUAAGACAGCAGGAUGCGGCUAUUGUCCCCUCGGCCACGAGUGCGACCCCAUCACCAACACCUGCAUCAAAGCCGGUUGCACGAGUGAUCGUGAUUGCGCACUCACCGAGACCUGCGUCGGGCUGAUAUGUCAGGAGCCGUGUCUCAUCAGGAAUCCUUGUGUCGCUCAUGCUGUCUGCAUCAAUACCAAUCACGGGACAGAUUGCAGUUGUGAGGAAGGAUAUCAUGGAAAUGGAUUCAGUCUUUGCAAAGCAGUGUCGAGUGGUGGUGACGUGUGUCAAUACAACGAGGACUGUCCGCCGAACAAAUACUGCGACCGUUUGAACAGGCGGUGCCUGAAUCCCUGCGCCGAGGACAACUGCGGUGAAAAUGCCGAGUGUUACGCCGAUAAUCACGCCGCACAGUGCAGAUGUCCCCCGGGUACAGAGGGGAAUCCCCAAGUCUCGUGUGAGGCCAGUACUGGUCACAAUCCAUGUGUGCCAAAUCCAUGCGGCUCCUACGCCCUCUGUGAAGUCGAUAAUGGUGAUCCCAUCUGCUUCUGCCCAAAAGGUAUGACUGGUAAUCCAUUCGAAUAUUGUAUCCCCGAGGGCGACAAAUGCCAGGGGAAUCCCUGUGGUGCUAACUCUGGAUGUCGCGUUGUCAAUGGCCAAGUCACGUGUUUCUGUCUACCGGGUUACGAGGGUAAUCCACCCGCUGCAAUUUGCACAUUACCGGAGAAUCCGUGCGAUUCAUCGCCCUGUGGUCCGAAUACUAGGUGCAGUGUCCUCCAGAAUGGACUCGCCAAAUGCACAUGCCUGCCAGGAUUUAUCGAGUCACCAAACACCAUUCGCGGUUGCAUAGAGCAACUCAAUUCUUGUGAACCCAAUCCAUGCGGUCGCGGUGCCAUAUGUGAUGCCCUUCGACAACCACCGUGUUACUGUCCUGAUAACACAAUUGGAAAUGCUUACAAAGGUUGUACGGAAAUUGCAAUUAUUCCCCUUUGUCAGCCAGGUCCGUGUGGAGCGAAUGCCGAUUGUUACAUUUCGGAAAAUCGUGAGCAAUGUUACUGCAGAUACGGUUUCAUAGGUGAUCCGUACGCUGGAUGCCAUCAACCACCGUCAAGCCCCUGCCAACCGAGCCCUUGUGGUCGCAACGCGAUCUGUCGGAUCACAGAUUCAGGCCAAGCGAUCUGCGAGUGCGCGCCGGGAACUUCGGGAGAUCCCACGAGUACCUCUGGCUGCGAUAGUUUCGAAUGCACAAAAGACGACGAUUGCCUGCAAUCCCUAGCCUGCAUUGGUUACACGUGUCAAAAUCCGUGUCUGGGUGCAUGCGGUGUGAAUGCCAAUUGCCGAGUGGAGUCUCAUCAUCCCGUGUGCUUCUGUCGUGAGGGUCUCUUCGGGAAUCCGAUGUACAGAUGCUGCAGACCGAUGGAUCCAGCCCCACCGAAGACGCCGUGCUAUCCAAAUCCCUGCGGACAGAAUACCUUCUGUCAGGUUAUGCAGGAUCGUGCGGUCUGCUCUUGUCUGCCUGACUUCCUGGGAGAUCCCCAGACCGGAUGUCUUCCGGAGUGUACUAUCAACUCUGAUUGUCCCACGGACAAAGCCUGCAUCAACAUGAAAUGCACAAAUCCCUGCGCUCUCGGAAAUAUUUGCGGAGUUAAUGCGGAAUGUCGUGUGUCUUAUCACACGGCGACUUGCACUUGCAACAGAAAUUACUUCGGUAAUCCCUUUAUUAUGUGCACCAGAAAACCAACCAUCACAGUUCCUCCUCAAUCAAAUAUUACCCUGCCUUGUCAGCCCUCGCCAUGUGGUCAAUACGAUUACUGCGAGCCAUUCAACGAUAAAGUCGCAAUGUGCGGUGGAUGUGAUGUACAUAAUGCUGGAUGUAGACUUGAGUGCCUGAGUGACAGCGACUGUCCUCUCGACAAAACCUGCAUCGGGGGCAAGUGCGUUGAUCCUUGUCUCGGAUCAUGCGGAAUAAACGCCAAUUGCGAAGUCAUCUGGCACGAGCCGGUGUGUACCUGUCCAAUCGGACUAUUCGGAAAUCCCUAUCAGGGCUGCAUUCCUGAAGACGAUCACCGCGACGCCUGCAGCGUCUCUCAAUGUGGCGCCAACGCCGUCUGCCGGGAAAAACUCGGCUCUAUCACCUGCGAGUGUCUCGAUGGCUUCUUUGGGAAUCCAUUUAUCGCCUGUCACCUCGAGUGCCUCCAGAACUCAGACUGCGCUCUCAACACUGCCUGUGUCAAUCACAAGUGCAUCGACCCAUGCGUUGGUGCAUGUGGAAGCAGUGCACUGUGUGAUUGUGUGAAUCACAAUCCAAUUUGCUACUGCCCGGAGAACAUGUCUGGAGAUCCAUUCAUCCACUGCUACCCACAUACGGGAGUUAUUCCGAGACCCUCGAAUCCCUGCGACCCAUCCCCCUGCGGUCCUUACAGCAGAUGUCUCGUGUCACAAAAUGGUUAUGCAUCGUGCUCGUGUCAGCCUGAGUAUCGAGGCAGUCCACCCUUCUGCAGCCCAGAAUGCAUCGUGAGCUCUGAUUGCCUUCAAAUACAAGCCUGUAUCAACACCAAGUGUGUCAAUCCGUGCAAUGGAAUUUGUGGACACAAUGCACUCUGUGUUGUAAUAAAUCAUAACCCAGUGUGCAGUUGUCCAGCGAAUCAUGAGGGAGAUCCAUUCACCGAGUGCAUACCACUGGCAAAGGAAGAUCCUCAGCCGGUGUCUCCAUGCCAUCCAUCACCCUGCGGGCCAAACUCUCUUUGCCAGAUUAAAAUGGGAAGACCUGUCUGCUCCUGUCAAAGUACAUUCAUCGGGAGUCCACCAAAUUGCCGUCCAGAAUGCUUGAUCAGUCAGGAAUGUCCAAUUGACGAGGCUUGCAUUGCCAACAAAUGCAUUCAGCCCUGUCCCCAUAGUUGUGGGCCAAACUCUGAGUGCAUGGUCAUCAACCACACGCCAUACUGCUCCUGUAAAACCGGAUUUGAAGGCGAUGCGUUCGUCGGAUGCACCAGAGUAAUCGAGCAGCCGCCGGAACCUGAAGACCCUUGCACUCCAUCUCCAUGUGGCAACAAUGCCCUGUGCACUAUUGUGAGUGGAGCUGCCAAAUGCUCAUGCAUCCCUCCGUAUAUUGGAAAUCCUUACACAGGCGGCUGUCGACCUGAAUGCAUGAUCAAUUCCGACUGCGAUAAUCAUCUGGCGUGUCUGAAUCAACACUGCAGAGAUCCUUGCCCCGGUAUUUGUGGAUUCAAUGCUCAGUGUGAGGUAUCCAAUCACAUUCCAACGUGCUCCUGCCUGCGAGGAUACUCAGGAGAUCCAUUCGUAAGCUGCAAAGUAGAUAAGACACCAGGACCACCACAGAAUCCAUGCACCCCAUCGCCAUGUGGUCCCUACAGCAUCUGUCGUGUUGUGAAUGAACGCGCCGUGUGCUCGUGCAGUCCAGGAUAUCACGGGCAACCUCCCUCCUGCCGUCCAGAGUGCCUCGUGAGUUCUGAAUGCGCACCUCAUCUUGCCUGCAUCGGUCAAAAAUGCGGUGAUCCCUGUCAAGACGUCUGUGGUCUCAAUGCUCUCUGUCAAGUCACCAAUCACAAUCCAAUCUGCAGCUGUCCCGACAACUAUGAUGGUGAUCCAUUCGUUCAUUGCGCUGAAUCGCCUAAAGUACCACCAACCAAUCCCUGUGUACCUUCACCCUGCGGUCCAAACUCUCAAUGUCGUGUUCAAAAGGAUCGUCCUGUGUGUUCUUGCUCAACUGGAAUGUUUGGGGCACCACCUAACUGCCGACCAGAGUGUCUCAUCAAUCAAGACUGUCCUAACUAUCUCGCCUGUAUUCAAAACUCGUGUUCAGAUCCCUGUAUCGGUUCCUGUGGGAUAAAUGCCAACUGCAUUACCAGAAAUCAUCGCCCAAUUUGUCAAUGUCAAGACGGAUAUGAGGGCGAUCCGUUCUCAGCGUGUAAUCUCAAAGUGAUGCCACCUGUAGAGCCACCAACAGAACCGUGCAAUCCAUCGCCGUGCGGUUCCAAUGCCAUUUGCAAUGAGAGAAAUGGCGCUGGAUCCUGCACAUGCCUGCCAGAUUACUUCGGUGAUCCUUACCAAGGCUGCCGACCAGAAUGUGUUCAAAACUCCGACUGCCCUCACUCCAGAGCGUGCAUUAAUAAUAAAUGCAAAGACCCCUGCCAAGGAGCUUGCGGAUUAAAUGCUCAGUGUCAAGUGUUCAAUCAUCAGCCGUCGUGCAGUUGUUUCGACGGCUACACCGGAAAUCCAUUGACAACAUGCUACAUACGUCAAGAGCCACCGCCAACACCUGGUGAUCCUUGCGAGCCAUCGCCCUGUGGACCUUACAGCAACUGUCGUGUCAUCGAUUUUCACGCUGUCUGCUCUUGCCAGCAAAACUACGUCAGCAGUCCACCAAACUGCCGACCCGAGUGCGUAAUCAGCGCUGAUUGCCCUCAAAACAAGGCUUGCAUCAAUCAAAAAUGCGAAGAUCCGUGUUUAGGGACUUGUGGAAUUAAUGCCAAUUGCCAAGUUAUUAAUCAUAAUCCAGUAUGCAGUUGUGCAUCGGGUUACACUGGAGAUCCAUUCUCCGGAUGUCUGGAAGAUCGAAAAGUGCCAGGCCCAGAGCCAGGACCGGAUACCAAUCCCUGCGUACCAUCACCCUGCGGACCGAACUCUCAGUGCCGUGUUAUCGAGGGUUUCCCCGCUUGCUCCUGCCUACCGAAUUACAUCGGUCGCACGCCAAAUUGUCGCCCUGAAUGCGUCAUCAAUGAAGAAUGCCCUGGUAACCUGGCGUGUCAAAACGAACUGUGCACAGACCCGUGUCCCAACUCAUGUGGCAUUAACACCUUCUGCAACGUCAUCAAGCACAAUCCCGUUUGUAAUUGCAAUCCAGGAUACACAGGAAAUCCAUUCAUCGAGUGCAAGCUGCAGUCGUACGAGCCUACGACUACCGAGGCACCUAGAACACCCUGCAGCCCAUCGCCAUGCGGUGCAAAUGCUGUCUGCAAUGAGAGGAAUGGCGCAGGGUCCUGCACGUGCUUACCAGAAUAUUUUGGCGACCCCUACAUCGGCUGCAGACCAGAAUGCGUCACAAAUAGUGAGUGCGGUAGAACAAAAGCUUGUUUGAACAACAAAUGCAUCAAUCCAUGUACUGGCACUUGUGGAUCAAAUGCGUCCUGUCGAGUUGUAAAUCACGCACCUUCAUGUACGUGUGUACCAGGUUUCACUGGUGAUCCCACGAGGGGGUGUGAUAUAAUUCCACCAGCCACCAAAUCUCCAAUAAUCGAUCCCUGCCAGCCAUCACCUUGUGGACCCAAUAGCAACUGCCGUGUUCUACAUGAUCACGCGGUUUGCUCAUGCAUGACUGGAUUUAUCGGGACCCCACCAACGUGCAGACCUGAAUGCACCAUCAGUUCAGAAUGCUCCAGGAGCAAAUCAUGCGUCAAGAACAAGUGCGUGAAUCCAUGUCAAUCGGCUUGCGGUGAAAACACCAAGUGUUUAGUGGUGAAUCACAGCCCAAUCUGCACAUGCGCUGCUGGUUACACUGGUGAUCCAUUCGUCUAUUGUACCAAGAGCGAAAUAUCACCUCCUGAAUCAAGAGACCCUGUGGAUCCCUGUUCACCGAAUCCUUGCGGUCCGAAUUCGCAGUGCCGAGUCAUUGGAUCACAACCUGCUUGCUCAUGCUCACCAGAGUACAUCGGACGACCACCGAAUUGUCGGCCUGAGUGCACUGAUAACUCUGAAUGUCCGACCAACGUCGCAUGCAUCAAUCAGCGCUGCAAGAAUCCGUGUCAAGGUGCCUGCGGACAGUUAGCGAGAUGUUCAGUUCUCAAUCAUCUCCCAGUAUGCUCCUGUCCUGAGGGUUUCACCGGAGACCCCAGCGUCGAGUGCUCACCACACAUGCGCCCUGAAGUGCAGAACCCCUGUUCACCAAAUCCGUGUGGACCCAAUGCCCAGUGUCGAGAGAGAAAUGGUGCGGGAGCCUGUGCCUGCCCUCAGGACUUCAUCGGGGAUCCGUAUGACUCUGCCAGAGGGUGUUAUCGAGAAUGCGAGGCAAAUGACGACUGUGCAUCACACCUGGCUUGCGUUGGAUUCAAAUGCACAGAUCCAUGCCCUGGAACUUGUGCAACACUUGCUGUAUGUAAUGUUGAAAAUCACGUGCCGCGUUGCUCGUGCCCUCCUCACUACACUGGAGAUCCGUUCUUCUCAUGUAAUUUAGAGCCAAAGGAGAUACCCGUGCCUGAAGAUCCAUGCUCACCAUCACCCUGCGGUCCCAACAGUAAAUGUAGAACUGUGAACGGUCAAGCCGUUUGCACCUGUCAACCAGAGUACUCUGGAAUACCCCCGAAUUGUCGACCCGAGUGCAUUGUCUCCGCCGAAUGUCCAAAUCACCUCGCAUGCAUCAAUAAAAAAUGCCAGGACCCCUGUCCAAACACUUGUGGAGUGCGGGCUCAUUGCAGCGUUAAGAAUCACAGCCCCAUAUGCACGUGCCCAAUCGGCUUCACUGGAGAUCCAUUCUCGGUAUGCACACCUCAGGAGGAGCCCAUGACAACGACCGAACGACCACCCUCGUGUGAGCCUUCACCAUGUGGACCGAACUCUCAAUGUCAAAUUGUUUUUGGAACACCGGCUUGCUCUUGUCAGCCUAAUUACAUCGGUGUUCCACCGAAUUGCAGACCUGAAUGCACCCUCAGUUCCGAGUGUCAAAGUCAUCUUGCCUGUGUGAAUCAACGCUGUCAAGACCCGUGCACUGGAUCCUGUGGAUUCAAUGCACAGUGUCACGUAUUGAAUCAUAUCCCCGUUUGUACGUGCAUGGAAGGCUUCACGGGUGAUCCGUUCGCUGAUUGCUCUCUGGUGCCGCCAUCAACGGAGCCCCCACGUCCCAAAGAUCUCUGCAAUCCUUCACCCUGUGGCCCCAACGCCAUUUGUCGAGGAGGGGACUGUGAGUGCUCACCAGGAUACCUUGGGAAUCCUUUCGAAGGCUGCAGGCCCGAGUGUGUUCUCAAUUCUGAAUGCCCAAGGGAUAAAUCUUGUUUACGGAAUAAAUGUCAGGAUCCAUGUCCAGGAAGAUGUGGACAGAAUGCUGAGUGUGAUGUCGUCAAUCAUAUUCCUGUUUGCUCGUGUCUGCAAGGAUAUGUUGGUGAUCCAUUCGUGAGCUGCAAGCUUCAGCCAUUGCGGCCAGAUGACAGUCGAGAUCCGUGCAAUCCAUCCCCCUGUGGCCCUAACUCACAGUGUCGGGAUGUUGACACGCGUGCUGUUUGCUCUUGCCUUCCAGGGUAUUUGGGAUCACCCCCGAUAUGCAGACUCGAGUGCAUCGUAAGCUCUGAGUGCGCACCAACUCGUGCAUGUGUAAACAACAAGUGCACGGAUCCCUGCCUGGGUUCAUGCGGCCUGAACGCACGCUGUGAAGUUAUAAAUCACUCACCAAUCUGCAGCUGCUCGCCGGGACAAACAGGUGAUCCAUUCAGAAAUUGCUACGACAUUCCUAUUGUACCUGGGACCAAAGAAAAUGAAAAUCCCUGCGAUGCACGACCCUGUGGACCCAAUGCCGUGUGUCAAGAUAAUAACGGAGUCCCAGCUUGCUCAUGCCUCCCUAAUUACGUCGGAGCUCCACCCUCGUGUCGCCCUGAGUGUGUCAUCAAUCCGGAUUGUCCAUCGAACAAAGCCUGCGUCAAUUCCAAAUGCAUUGACCCUUGCCCGGGCAGUUGCGGAGACUUCGCUGAGUGCAGAGUCAUCAAUCACGCGGUGACGUGCACCUGCACCAGUGGAUUCACUGGAAAUCCAUUCGUCCAAUGUGUCACUGAGAAACAGGAGACAAUCAAUCCCUGCGAGCCAUCACCAUGUGGACCAAAUGCCAUAUGUCAACAACGUGACAACGCAGGAGCUUGUGUCUGUAUCGAUGACUAUCAUGGCAAUCCGUACGAAGGCUGUCAGCCCGAGUGCAUCCUGUCUUCAGACUGUCCAACGAACAGAGCAUGUAUUAGGAAUAAAUGUGGCGAUCCCUGUCCAGGCAUCUGUGGCACCAACGCCCAGUGCUCUGUUGUCAAUCACAUCCCCGCCUGCACAUGUCUCCCUGGUUUCGUCGGCGAUCCAUUCACAUCCUGUCGAAUCGAAGACCCACUGCCACCAACUUCGCCUCAAGAUCCCUGCAAUCCAUCACCAUGCGGUCCGAAUAGUCUCUGUCGUGCCAUCAACGGUCAAGCCGUUUGUACCUGCCAACCCAAUUAUCUGGGUACACCACCCAGCUGUCGUCCAGAAUGCAUCGUUAAUUCCGAAUGCCCACAGAAUCGUGCGUGUCAUAAAUACAAAUGCACUGAUCCCUGUCCUGGCACCUGCGGCAUGGGCGCUGAUUGCCGUGUCAUUAAUCACAAUCCAUUAUGUAGCUGUCGAUCUGGAACAACUGGUGAUCCAUUCACCCGUUGUCACGAACAGGAAUACGCACCACCAACACCAAGACCCAGUGACCCAUGCCUACCCAAUCCCUGUGGACUCUAUGCCGAGUGCCGAACAAUUGGAGAUCAAAUAGCCUGUACCUGCCUCAAUAAUUACAUUGGAUCCCCACCAAACUGCCGACCCGAAUGUAUUGUUAACACUGAUUGUCCAUCUAAUCAAGCCUGUAUAUCAGAAAAAUGUCGUGAUCCGUGUAUUGGAUCUUGUGGUCAGGACGCUGAAUGCAGUGUUCAGAAUCACAUUCCCACGUGCCUGUGUCGUCAGGGAUUCACCGGUGAUCCCUUUUCACUUUGCACAAGAAUCAUUGAACAGCCACGAGUACCUGAAGACCCGUGCAAUCCAUCACCCUGCGGUGCCAAUGCCCGUUGCGAUGCUGGACAAUGUACCUGCCUACCGGAAUACAUCGGUGAUCCUUACUCAUCCUGCAGACCCGAGUGUACAAUUAACUCUGAAUGUUCACGCACUAAAACUUGUAUAAAUCAACGAUGUGUUGAUCCUUGUGUAGGUACAUGUGGUACGGAUGCACGUUGCGAUGUCAUCAAUCAUAUUCCAACGUGCAGCUGUCCACCAGGCACAACUGGCAAUGCCUUCUCAGCUUGUCGACCGAUAACACCGACUGUCACACCGACACAGCCAUGUUCACCAUCACCAUGUGGUGCUAAUAGUUUAUGUCGGGUUAUUGAUAAUCACGCUGUGUGCUCCUGUCAAGCUGGAUUCAUUGGCAGUCCACCGGGUUGCAGGCCUGAAUGCGUUGUCAGCGCUGAGUGUGGAUUGACUCAGGCUUGUCUGAAUAACAAGUGUCAAGACCCGUGUCCAGGUACGUGCGGACAGAAUGCCCAGUGUCAGGUUGUCAAUCACAACCCGAUCUGCAGUUGUCUCGAGAGCUUCACAGGCGACCCCUUCACCAGAUGCUAUCAACGACGAGAUGAAGAACCCUCCCAACCGAUUAAUCCGUGUCAACCAUCGCCAUGUGGUCCAAAUUCCGAGUGUAACGUGCGCGGAGAGAGUCCCGCGUGCUCUUGCUCGCAAAAUUAUAUCGGUACACCACCUAAUUGUCGUCCUGAAUGUACAAUAAAUCCGGAGUGCGCGUCAAAUCUCGCAUGUAUUCAACAAAAGUGUCGAGAUCCGUGUGCGGGUUUGUGCGGUAUUGGUGCGGGUUGUACAGUAGUUAAUCAUCACGCCGUAUGUUCCUGCUCAGAAGGCUUCACUGGUGAUCCAUUCAGCAACUGUAUCCCAGCGCCGAAAGCACCCGAAGUGAGGAAUCCCUGUUCACCAUCACCAUGUGGUCCCAACGCAAUUUGUCGUGAAUCGAAUGGAGCUGGCUCCUGCUCCUGUCCACCAGAUUAUAUCGGAGACCCGUACGAAGGUUGCAAGCCCGAGUGCAUAUUAAAUUCCGAUUGCCCAUCAAAUCUCGCCUGCAUCAGAUCCAAAUGCCAGGAUCCCUGUCCCGGUACUUGUGCCCAGAAUGCUGAUUGCCGAGUUAUCAAUCAUUUACCAAGUUGCACAUGCCUGGAAGGUUACAGCGGUGAUCCCUUCCGUUUUUGCAACAUCAAGGAAGCUGAUGACCCCUGUCAGCCCUCACCCUGUGGACCCAACAGCCAAUGUCGAGUGAUAAAUGGCCAAGCAGUUUGCUCCUGUCAGCCCCAGUACCUAGGAACUCCACCGUCAUGUCGUCCCGAAUGUACAGUUAGCUCUGAAUGCCCAUUGGAUCAAGCCUGUGUUAAUCAGAAAUGCAUCAAUCCCUGUCCUGCAUCGUGCGGCAUCAAUACCGAAUGCAAAGUCAUCAAUCAUAGCCCCAUCUGCAGCUGUGGAUCAGGAUUCACUGGAAAUCCAUUUACCCGAUGCUAUUCCGAGCCAAGUAAGACGAGAGAGCCCCUGCCACUACCACCAACCAAUCCAUGUGUGCCCUCACCCUGUGGCCCCAAUGCUCAGUGUCGGGAGAUUGGUGAAUUCCCAUCAUGCUCUUGUCUACCCAAUUUCAAUGGAAGCCCUCCCAACUGUCGUCCUGAGUGCACCGUCCAGUCAGAUUGCCCCAGUAAUCAGGCAUGUAUUAAUCAGAAGUGCAGGGAUCCAUGCCCAGGAUCAUGUGGAUUAUUUGCACAGUGCACUGUUAUCAAUCAUACCCCGGUGUGCAGAUGUCUUGAUGGAUACACCGGAGAUGCUUUCACCAAUUGUGUCCCCCGUCCUACACCACCGAGUGACGACGUGCAGAGGGAUCCCUGUAACCCAUCGCCCUGUGGAGCAAAUGCUCAAUGCCGAAGUGGUCAGUGCUCUUGUCUCCCUGAAUACCAAGGUGACCCAUACUCUGGGUGCAGACCUGAAUGCGUUUUAAAUUCUGAUUGCCCAUUGCAUCGUGCAUGCAUGAGACACAAAUGCGUCGAUCCCUGUCCGGGGAUAUGCGGUCAGAAUGCCAUCUGCAAUGUUUUCAAUCAUAUCCCCAUGUGCAGUUGCCCUGAUAGAAUGUCCGGCAAUGCUUUUGUCUUGUGUUCCCCAUUCAAAGAACCAAAUGUUGCCAAUACUUCUCCCUGCAAUCCAUCGCCCUGUGGACCAAACAGCCGCUGUAGAGAGACCAACGGUCAGGCGGUUUGCACUUGUAUUCAGGGUUUCCUUGGUGCACCACCGACCUGCAGGCCUGAGUGCACGAUAAAUUCCGAUUGUUCGCGUACCGAAGCCUGUACAAAUCAGAAAUGCAUCAAUCCUUGUCUAGGCAGCUGUGGCUUCGCAGCCAACUGUCAAGUAAUUAAUCACAAUCCCAUAUGUAGUUGUCCUUCAGGAAUGACUGGAGAUCCCUUCAUUGUGUGUCAGGAUGCACCGCCCACACCUCCAGCCCCCCUGAAUCCCUGCCAACCAUCUCCAUGUGGAGCUAAUGCAGAAUGUCGAGUAUUCAACGAAUCACCAUCUUGUCUCUGUCUACCUCAAUUCAUCGGAAGUCCGCCGAACUGUCGCCCUGAGUGCAGCAGUAACAGUGAAUGUUCUAGUCACUUAGCUUGUAUUAAUAGAAAGUGUAGAGAUCCCUGCGUCGGUUCCUGUGCAGCGAACGCUGAAUGUCGGGUAGUCAGUCAUGCUGCAAUGUGUAUGUGCCCCAGUGGUUUCACUGGUGAUCCUUUUACCCAGUGCAUUACAGCGCCAAGUAAGCAAAAACCAUCAAUCGAUAUUACUCACCCCUGUUUGCCCUCGCCAUGUGGCCCCAAUGCAGUUUGCGAAGAAAGGAAUAACGCUGGUUCGUGCUCCUGCACCCCAGGAUACCUCGGGAACCCUUACGAGGGCUGCAGACCAGAAUGUGUCCUGAAUUCGGACUGCUCUCAAAAUCUCGCGUGUGUGAACUCCAAAUGCCGUGAUCCAUGUCCUGGUACUUGUGGACAGAAUGCCAAUUGUCAAGUGAUCAAUCACUUGCCAACAUGCGUCUGCAUUCCCCAGUACAGUGGCGACCCUUUCAGAUUCUGUUCUCCUGUUCGACAAAAAAUCAAUGUGUGCAGUCCCUCGCCCUGUGGUCCUUUCAGUCAAUGCCGAGAGGUAAAUACUCAGGCCGUUUGUUCAUGCCUGCCUGGGUACAACGGCCGGCCCCCAGGUUGCCGUCCAGAGUGCACAACGAGCUCAGAAUGUCCCUCAAAUCUUGCCUGCGUCAAUCAGAAAUGUGUAGAUCCCUGUCCGACACCCUGUGGACAGCAGGCGACCUGCAGAGUCCUGAAUCACAGCCCUGUGUGCAGCUGCGCCCCAGGAUUCACUGGCGAUCCUUUUACCAGAUGCUUCUCAAUGCCACCACCUCCUAAAGUUCCUGAACAGAGAGAUCCCUGUGUACCCUCCCCCUGCGGCCCUAACUCCCAGUGUUUCAAUGCCAAUGGGCGUCCGGCAUGCUCGUGUGCUCAGAAUUUCUUAGGUAGUCCCCCGAACUGUCGGCCAGAAUGCGUCAUAAACUCGGAAUGUUCCAGUAAUUUAGCCUGCAUCUCUCAAAAAUGCCGAGAUCCAUGCGCAGGCUCCUGCGGCCUGAAUGCCCUGUGCUCGGUCCACAAUCACGUGCCCAUUUGUUCUUGUCUUGAGGGCUUUACAGGUGAUGCAUUCACAGGAUGCCAGCUGAAACCGCCCACGGAAUCCCUGAACAGCGAUCCCUGCAACCCAUCUCCCUGUGGUCCAAAUACCCAGUGCAACAAUGGUAUUUGUUCGUGCCUGCCAGAAUAUAUUGGAGAUCCGAAUGCCGGCUGUAGGCCUGAAUGUGUUCUAAAUAAUGAGUGUCCCCUUAAUCAGGCGUGCAUCAGGAAUAAAUGCGUUGACCCGUGUCCAGGUACCUGUGGACAAAAUGCCCAGUGCAAUGUAUUCAAUCACAUUCCCAUGUGCACGUGUCUCCCAGGAAUGGCUGGCAAUGCCCUGGUCUCCUGUCAACCGGUAACACCUCCAAUUGCAUCCAGGCCCUGCACCCCAUCCCCCUGCGGCCCCAACAGUAUCUGUCGUGAAGUCAACGCUCAGGCCGUGUGCACAUGUGCUCCUGAAUUUCUGGGCUCGCCCCCGACUUGCCGACCUGAGUGUCUCAUCAGCUCGGAUUGCUCCAGAAAUGAGGCCUGCAACAAUCAGAAAUGCCGAGACCCAUGUCGAGGUACGUGUGGCCUCAGUGCCCAGUGCCAAGUGAUUAAUCACAAUCCGAUAUGUUCGUGCCCUGAGAGAUACAGGGGAGAUCCCUUCGUCCGGUGCUCAUUAAUACAGGAUAGACCCUCCCCACUGUCAGUGAACCCCUGCGUGCCCUCGCUCUGCGGUCCAAAUGCCCAGUGUCGAGUAAUUAAUGAUUCACCGUCCUGCUCCUGUCAACCUGAAUACACAGGUUCACCUCCCAACUGCCGCCCUGAGUGCGUCAGUAAUUCCGAGUGCCUCAUCAAUCAGGCGUGUGUCAAUCAGAGAUGUAGGGAUCCCUGUCCAAACUCAUGUGGCUCAAACACAGAAUGUCGAGUUGUCAGUCACACACCGAUGUGCGUCUGUCUCUCAGGAUUUACCGGUGAUCCCUUCACCGGCUGUUCAACAUGUGAGAGACCUUUUGUACCAACGCCCGAAAUGCCAAUAUCGCCCUGCAUACCCUCGCCCUGCGGUGCCAAUGCCAUCUGCAAAGAAUCCAACAGCGCAGGUUCAUGCUCCUGCUUACCAGACUACAUUGGAAACCCAUACGAGGGAUGUAGACCCGAGUGUACCAUUGAUUCCGACUGCCCUUCAUACCAGAGUUGCAUCAGAUCAAAAUGCCGUGAUCCAUGCCCUGGUGCCUGCGGUCAAAAUGCCGAAUGCAAUGCUAUCAAUCACUCGCCCACCUGCACCUGUAGCCGAGGAUAUACCGGCGAUCCGUUUAGAUUCUGUACCCCCAUCGAUACCAGUAAGUUAUCAGCAUUAAAUAACGCACCGAAUGAGCCGUGCAAUCCAUCGCCCUGCGGCCCCAAUAGCCGAUGUAUCGAUAAUAAUGGUCAAGCAGUGUGUACCUGCUUAUCAAAUCACAUUGGUACCCCACCAAACUGUCGUCCCGAGUGCGUGUCAUCCUCCCAGUGUCCCAAUCAUCUUGCCUGUGACAAUCAGAGAUGCGUUAAUCCCUGUCCCGCACCCUGUGGACUCAACACCCAGUGCAACGUUGUCAAUCACAGUCCAAUUUGUACUUGCAUGCCCGGUUAUAGCGGAGAUCCAUUCACUAUUUGCAGUUUCGUUCCACCACCCCCAGAGAGAGAUCCCGAUAUGAAUCGAGACCCCUGUGUGCCCUCGCCCUGCGGCAGUUUCUCCAACUGUCAAAACAUCAAUGGUGCCCCAGCGUGUAGCUGUCGUGAGGGCUACAUGGGACAGCCCCCGAACUGCCGUCCUGAAUGUAUUAUCAGCUCUGAGUGUCCCAGCAAUGAGGCCUGCAUAAACGAAAAAUGCCGUGACCCAUGUCUGGGCUCGUGUGGUGUGGGUGCCCGUUGUUUCGUUUCCAAUCACAUCCCCACGUGCAAUUGUCCAGAGGGUUUCACUGGUGAUCCCUUCACCAUCUGUAACCUACUCCCGCAAAAACCAUGGGUAAACGAAACUCUGGACAAAUGUAAUCCAUCCCCAUGUGGCUCGAACGCUCAAUGCAAUAAUGGAGAAUGCACUUGCCUACCUGAAUACCAAGGCAACCCGUAUGCAGGUUGUCGUCCUGAGUGUGUCCUGAAUGCUGACUGCCCAAGGGACAGAGCCUGCCUGAGAAACAGAUGCAAAGAUCCAUGUCCAGGUGCAUGUGCAGAUAAUGCAGUCUGCGCCGUCAUCAAUCACGUACCGAUGUGCAGCUGUCCUGAGGGAAUGACAGGCAAUGCAUUCAGCCGAUGCUCACCAAUUCAGCAGAUCGUUCCAGAGAACCCCUGCAAUCCGUCCCCCUGCGGUCCCAACAGCGAGUGUCGAGUUGUAAAUUCUCAGGGCGUGUGUUCAUGCCUCAGAGGAUACAUUGGCAGUCCACCUACAUGUCGGCCUGAGUGUGCUGUCAGCUCUGAUUGCCCUCAGAACGAAGCAUGCAGUAAUCAGAAAUGCAUUAACCCUUGUCCAGGGACAUGUGGAUACAAUGCACUCUGCGCAGUCGUCGGACACAAUCCAAUAUGCAGCUGCCCUGUACGAUUCACUGGCGAUCCAUUCGUCUCGUGUACACCAAUACCCAUGCAAGAAAGCCCACCGGAAUCGAGAGAUCCCUGCUCGCCCUCACCCUGCGGUCCAAACGCUCAGUGUCAGGUGAUAAAUAACACCCCAUCGUGCUCCUGCAAUCCAGAGUUCAUGGGCAGUCCACCCAAUUGCCGUCCUGAAUGCGCCAGUAAUGGAGAAUGCUCGUCUCACCUGGCAUGUAUGAAUCAGAGAUGCAAAAAUCCGUGUAUCGGAUCUUGCGGGGCUAAUGCAGACUGUCACGUCGUUAGUCACACUCCAAUGUGCAGCUGCAUGAAUGGUUUCACUGGAGAUCCAUUCAGUCAAUGCAAUAUAGCCCAAACUCCCCCAAUAUCCACGAAACCAAAUUCUCCCUGCGAGCCAUCCCCCUGCGGUCACAAUGCAAUCUGUAGAGAACAAAAUGGCGCAGGAUCCUGCUCCUGUUUCCCUGAAUACGUGGGGAAUCCGUAUGAGGGCUGCAGACCGGAGUGUAUAGUGAACUCAGACUGUCCUGCCAACCUGGCUUGUCUUAAUUCAAAAUGUAAAGAUCCCUGUCCUGGAACCUGCGGUUCCAAUGCGGUAUGUCGAGUGAUGAAUCACCUGCCGCAGUGCACGUGCAUUCAGGGAUACUCGGGCGAUCCAUUCCAAUUCUGCAGGAUCGUUCAAGAGUCAAUGGAAACACCGAAAGAUCCCUGCAAUCCAUCACCCUGUGGACCAAACAGCCAAUGCCGGGUUAUCAAUGGGCAAUCGGUAUGCAGCUGUCAACCAGAAUACAUAGGAACCCCACCAUCGUGUCGUCCUGAGUGCACCAGCAGCUCUGAAUGCCUCAGCAAUCAAGCGUGUGUCAAUCGUAAAUGCACAGACCCGUGUCCAGGGACUUGCGGCUUCAACACGAGAUGUGAAAUCAUUAAUCACAGCCCGAUAUGCUCGUGUCGUCCUGGUUUCACAGGCGAUCCCUUCAUUAACUGCUUCAAGAUGUCAGAGCCACUGCCGCCGGUCAGUCCACCGACUUACACAAGCCCCUGCGUUCCCUCCCCCUGCGGACCAAAUGCUGAAUGCCGUGAUGUCAAUGGUCAGGCCUCCUGCGCCUGUCAACCGAAUUUCAGUGGCUCUCCACCCAACUGUCGAGCUGAAUGCAUUAUCAAUCCUGACUGUCCAAGUAAUCAGGCCUGUCUUCAAUCCAAAUGUCGUGACCCCUGCCCUGGCUCUUGUGGAAUAAAUGCUAUGUGCAUUGUUAUGAAUCACACACCCAUUUGCAACUGUCCUGAAGGAUUCACUGGAGACCCUUUCACUAGGUGCUCCCCACAGCCACAAUCACCGCCGGAACCCAAGCCGUCGCCCUGCAGCCAGUGCGCUGCUAACACCCAGUGCCUCAAUGGCCAAUGCGUUUGUCUCCCGGAGUUCCAGGGAAAUCCUUACAUCGGCUGUCGACCGGAGUGCGUUCUCAAUACUGAUUGCUCGAGAGACCUCGCCUGCAUGACCUCUAAAUGCCGUGAUCCCUGUCAAGGCACCUGCGGACUGAACGCCCUUUGCAGUGUUGUCAAUCAUAUUCCUAUUUGCACUUGCCCCUCGGGAAUGUCUGGGAAUGCAUUCUUCACUUGUUCACCUGUCGAAGCUCCACCAGAAAGAGACCCAUGCAAUCCAUCCCCCUGUGGCUCAAACAGUCAAUGUCGAAGGAUAAAUGGCCAGGCAGUCUGCUCCUGUAUCAGUGGUUUCCUCGGUGUCCCACCAAACUGUCGCCCUGAGUGCACUGUUGCCUCCGACUGCGCUCCGAACAUGGCCUGUAGCAACCAAAAAUGCAUUGACCCAUGUCCUGGUACCUGUGGAAUACGCGCACAGUGUUACGUUGUCAAUCACAAUCCCAUCUGCGCUUGUCCUCCGGAUUUAACGGGAGAUCCUUUCAUCAUUUGCUCCCUAAAACCGCGAGAUCCAGAGCCUCCACAGAAUCCCUGCCAGCCAUCCCCGUGCGGUCCAAAUGCUCAAUGCCGAGUAAUCAACAGCUCCCCCUCCUGUUCGUGUGCCCCAGAAUUCCGUGGAACCCCCCCGAAUUGUCGUCCUGAGUGCGCGAGUAACUCUGAAUGCCCGAACAAUCUAGCCUGCAUAAAUCAGAAAUGCAAGGAUCCAUGUCCAGGCUCCUGUGGUACUGAUGCCGAAUGCAAAGUGAUAAGUCACACACCGAUGUGCAUCUGCUCACCAGGAUACACCGGGGAUCCAUUCACCCAGUGUACGAUGUCGCCAAUAGAGCUUCCUGGAAAGGAUCAGCCCACGCCCUGCGUGCCAUCUCCGUGUGGAUCGAAUGCAAUUUGUCGAGAACAAUUUGGCGCUGGUUCCUGCACAUGUCUUCCUGACUACAUUGGUAAUCCCUACGAGGGCUGCAGACCUGAGUGCACCAUCAACUCAGACUGCACAGCAGACAGGGCUUGUAUCCGAUCAAAAUGUCAGGAUCCAUGUCCCGGAGCCUGCGGUCAGGGCGCGCUUUGCCAAGUUGUGAACCACUUGCCAUCGUGCACCUGCCAAUCAGGUUACAGUGGCAAUCCUUUCAAUUUUUGCAGUAUAAUUCAGGAGCCACCAGGACCAGCACUAGUCAGCCCUUGUGAACCCUCACCAUGCGGGCCAAACAGUCAGUGCCGUGAAACAAAUAAUCAAGCAGUUUGCUCCUGCUCCCCUGGUUUUACAGGAGUGCCACCUACCUGUCGCCCUGAGUGCACAGUAAGUUCUGAGUGCCCCUUGAAUCGUGCCUGCGUCAAUCAGAAGUGUGUGGAUCCCUGUCCUGGAAUUUGUGGAAUUAACGCACGUUGUAACGUCAUUAAUCACAGCCCUUUCUGCGUCUGCAACGCCGGUCUUGUAGGAAAUCCCUUCGUCAGGUGUUUUGAGACCCCACCACCGGCCGAGGAACGUCCAGCACAGAAUCCCUGCAUUCCAUCUCCCUGCGGACCAUUCGCAAUUUGUCGCGAUAUCGGAGGAAUUCCUUCAUGCUCCUGCGAACAGAAUUAUAUUGGAUCACCACCGAAUUGUCGACCUGAGUGCACAAUAAAUGCAGAUUGCGUGAGUAAUCUUGCCUGCCUCAAAUCCAGGUGUUCAGACCCCUGUCCAGGAUCCUGUGGGGUUGGAGCUCAGUGUAGUGUCAUCAAUCACACACCAGUCUGUAAUUGUCCAGAAGGAUUUACGGGUGAUCCCUUCACCAGCUGUUCACCGAGUCCCUACCAACCACCAGUACCUGACGAUCCCUGCAAUCCCUCCCCGUGUGGCGCCAACGCUCAAUGUAGAGAUGGACAGUGCACGUGUCUGCCUGAGUACCAAGGGGAUCCCUACAGAGGCUGUCGUCCAGAGUGCAUUCAGAAUUCAGAGUGCCCCCUGAAUAGAGCAUGCAUCAGGAACAAGUGUGGAGAUCCCUGUAGAGGCGUUUGUGGGCAAAAUGCCGAGUGCAACGUUAGCCAGCACAUCCCCAUGUGUAGCUGUCCCUCCGGAACAACUGGCAACGCCUUCCAGGUCUGUAUCCCUGCAGAGGAGCCUCCAGUCGCGGACCCCUGCAAUCCUUCUCCAUGCGGACCAAAUAGUCGCUGUCAACAGAGCAAUGGUCAGGCCACAUGUUCCUGCGUGCCAGGAUUUAUCGGCAGCCCCCCAGGUUGUCGUCCCGAGUGCGUAACGAAUUCCGAAUGCUUGCUGAAUCAGGCGUGCAGCAAUCAAAAGUGCGUCGAUCCCUGUCAGGGUUCUUGCGGUGUAUCUGCGCAGUGUCAAGUCGUCAAUCAUAAUCCAAUCUGCAGCUGUCCGUCGGCCUUCACUGGAGAUCCAUUCGUGAGGUGCAUUAUUCAGGAGAGACCCCCUGAACCCUCCGUCACAUCAAAUCCCUGUGAGCCCUCGACCUGUGGUCUCAAUGCCCAGUGUCGGGUCGUCAACAACUCCCCCAGCUGCUCCUGCCUCCCCGAAUUCCUUGGAAAUCCACCCAACUGUCGUCCUGAGUGCGUCACCAACUCCGACUGCGCCAGUGCCAUGGCCUGCAUCAACAGGAAGUGUCAGGAUCCCUGUAGGGGGGUCUGUGGAACCGGUGCAGAGUGCUUUGUUCUCAACCAUGUGCCGAGCUGCAGCUGUCAACAGGGAUUCUCUGGGGAUCCCUUCGUCCAGUGCUCUCCUGUUCAAGUUCGUAAUAUUGUAGAUCCUCCCUCUGAUUCGUCUCGUCAACCCUGCGCUUCAACUCCGUGUGGCCCCAACGCCCUCUGCCGAGAACGCAACGAGGCCGGCUCUUGCAGUUGCCUCCCAGGCUACAUCGGCAAUCCCUACGAGGGCUGCAGGCCCGAAUGUGUUAUCAAUACAGACUGCCCAGCGAAUCUCGCCUGCAUUAGAUCUAAGUGUCAGGAUCCUUGUCCUGGAACUUGCGGUGGCAAUGCCAACUGUCAAGUCGUCGCGCAUUUACCCUCGUGCACCUGUUUGCCCGGUUACACCGGCAACCCCUUCGUCUUCUGUAAUUUGGUACCACCGAAACUCCCAGCACCCAGUGACCCCUGCAGCCCAUCACCCUGCGGAGCGAACAGCAGAUGUCAAGUGAAUAAUAACCAGGCAAUCUGUACUUGUAUCCCAGAAUUUAUAGGUACCCCACCGAAUUGCCGACCCGAGUGUACAGUGAGCUCUGAGUGCUCCUCGACACUAGCUUGUCUGAAUCAAAGAUGUCGUGACCCCUGUCCAGGAACGUGUGGUAGUAAUGCGUCCUGUCGAGUUAUCAAUCACAGUCCAAUAUGCAGCUGUAAUCCUGGCAGCACAGGGGAUCCAUUCGUUCAAUGUUUCCCAAUGCUUCCUCCCUCUACGGGUCAACGAGAUCCCUGCAGUCCGUCCCCCUGUGGUCCCAACUCCAUCUGCAGGAAUAUCGGCGAUACCCCAUCAUGUGCGUGUGUUGAUAAUUACCUGGGAUCCCCCCCGAACUGUCGACCCGAGUGCUCCAUCAACCCUGACUGCACCAGUGAUAAAGCAUGCAUUAGGGAGAAAUGCCGAGAUCCCUGUCCCGGCUCCUGUGGUUUCUCCGCUAAUUGUGCAGUCGUCAAUUACGUGCCAGUCUGCACAUGCCCAGAGGGCUACACUGGGGAUCCAUUCACCAGUUGUCAACCCACACCACCACCCGCAGAACCACCGGCACCAAGAGACCCUUGCAAUCCCUCCCCCUGUGGAGCAAACACCCAGUGCCAGAAUGGCAUAUGCUCAUGUCUCCCGGAGUACCUUGGCGAUCCGUACUUCGGCUGUCGUCCAGAAUGCGUUACAAAUGAAGAGUGUCCCAGGAGCAGAGCCUGUGUCAACCAAAAAUGCGUGGAUCCCUGUCCGAAGGCCUGUGGCAUCGAUUCAGUCUGUAACGUUAUCAAUCACCUUCCCAUGUGCAGUUGUCCCUCAGGUAUGUCAGGAAACGCCUUCAUCCAGUGCUCACCGAUGCAGGAGCCAGGGGUGACUGAUCCCUGUAAUCCAUCGCCAUGUGGACCCAAUAGUCACUGCAGACAGAACAACAAUCAAGCAGUCUGUACGUGCAUCCCAGGAUUCUUCGGUACUCCGCCGUCCUGCAGACCCGAAUGCGUCGUCUCCUCGGAUUGCCCGAGAGAUCGUGCCUGCAAUACCCAGAAGUGCAUUGAUCCAUGCUUGGGAACAUGUGGAUUCAGUGCUCAAUGUGUCGUUAUCAAUCACAAUCCCAUUUGCAGUUGUCCCGGGGGAAUGACUGGAGAUCCAUUCACCAGAUGUUUCCCAAUACCGAAGGAUCCAGCGCCUCCAACAGACCCCUGUCAGCCAUCCCCUUGCGGUCCCAAUGCCCAGUGUAGAGUUGUCAACAACUCUCCCUCGUGCUCGUGCUCUCCAGAAUUUGUGGGAAGUCCACCGAACUGCAAACCCGAGUGCAUUAGCAACUCCGAAUGCCCCUCCAAUCAAGCCUGUUUCAAUCAAAAAUGCCGAGACCCAUGCCCCAGCUCUUGUGGAUCAAAUACCAAUUGUGCGACCAUCAGUCAUACGCCAAUGUGCUCGUGCAGCCCCGGAUUCACAGGAGAUCCCUUCGUUCAAUGUAAUCGGGUGGAAAUGCCAAUUCCAACGAACCCAUGUGUGCCAUCCCCUUGCGGUGCCAAUGCCGUUUGUCGCGAGUCUUCUGGCUCAGCGAUGUGCUCGUGUGCCCCAGAUUUCUACGGUAAUCCGUACGAAGGCUGUAGACCCGAGUGCGUGAUUAAUCCAGAUUGCACUUCCAAUCAGGCGUGCAUCAGAUCAAAAUGCCAGAACCCCUGUUUGGGAACAUGCGGCCAAAAUGCCAUAUGUCAAGUGAUAAACCAUGUGCCAUCAUGUUCCUGUGAGAGGGGAUUCACAGGCGAUCCCUUCAGAUACUGCCGACCCGUCCAAAAAAGACCGUCGGACCCCGUGAACCCCUGUUCCCCAUCACCAUGUGGAGCCAAUAGUCAGUGUCGUGUAUCAAACAAUCAGGCGAUCUGCAGUUGUCUACCUGAAUACACCGGUGUACCGCCAUUAUGUCGGCCUGAGUGUGUUUCAAGCACCGAAUGCCCAUCAACUCGUGCCUGCAUCAAUCAAAAGUGUUCAGAUCCUUGUCCUGGAAUAUGUGGAAUUGGGGCUCGAUGUGACAUACGCAAUCACAGCCCCAUAUGCAGCUGCCCUCCUAACCAGACUGGUGAUCCCUUCGUCAAGUGCUUUGACCUCCCAACGAAUACCAUUGAACAACCUGUGAACCCCUGCGUUCCGUCACCCUGCGGACCUUUCUCCACCUGUCAGGAGACAGCUGGUUAUCCCGCCUGUUCCUGCGUACAAAACUACAUCGGCACUCCACCGAACUGUCGUCCCGAAUGCAGCAUCAAUCCCGAGUGUAGUCAGAAUCAGGCCUGCAUCAGGGAAAAAUGUAGGGAUCCCUGUCCAGGAUCGUGUGGUACUAGUGCUCUUUGUACUGUUGUCAAUCACACACCUGUCUGCACGUGUCCUCAGGGAUUCACAGGGGACCCAUUCAGCAACUGCUUCCUAACGCCACAACCACCUCAACCUCCAGCGCCAAAGAAUCCGUGCGACCCGUCCCCCUGCGGUCCGAAUGCUCAGUGUCGCGACGGCGCCUGCACCUGUCUGCCUGAAUACCACGGUGAUCCCUAUUUCAGCUGCCAGCCUGAAUGCGUUCAAAAUUCAGAUUGUCCCCUCAACAGAGCAUGCUCCAACAACAAAUGCGUUGACCCCUGCCCCAACAUCUGCGGACGAAAUGCCGAGUGCAAUGUUGUCAAUCAUAUACCCAUGUGCAGCUGCAUCGGAGAUUAUCAGGGCGAUCCUUUCUCAUCCUGUCAACCGAAAGAACGUCCCAAAGAGAAUCCCUGCGAGCCAUCACCCUGCGGUCCCAAUUCAAUCUGUCGUCAAUUUGGCGAGCAGGUGUCGUGCUCCUGCUUACCCGGAUACCUGGGGAAUCCCCCUAGCUGUCGACCUGAGUGUGUCGUAAGCUCGGAUUGCGAGCAAAAUCGUGCAUGCAUCAAUCGCCGAUGUCAGGAUCCCUGUGCUGGUGUCUGUGGACAAAAUGCACUGUGCUCCGUGAGAAAUCACAAUCCAAUCUGCACUUGUCCCCAGAAAUACGCGGGAGAUCCGUUCGUCCAGUGUUUCCCUAUGAGGAAACCCGAAGAUGAGCCUAAAAAUCCCUGUGUUCCCUCGCCAUGCGGACCCAAUGCCAUCUGUACGACCGUGAACAAUGCACCCAAUUGCAAUUGCCAGCCUGGUUUCUCUGGCUCGCCGCCCAACUGUAGACCAGAUUGUAGAAUUAAUAGUGAAUGCCCGAAUCACCUCGCCUGCGUGAACAAUAAAUGCGCGGAUCCUUGUCCUGGCUCUUGCGGCAUCGAUGCCAUGUGUCAGGUCUCCCACCAUCAGCCCUCGUGCAGUUGCCUGCAGGAUUACACCGGUGACCCCUUCACCCUUUGUACCAUGACACCGAAACGACCGCAACCACCUGCGCAAAAGCGUCCCUGCGACCCGUCGCCCUGCGGUGCCAAUGCUUUCUGCCGAGAGCGUUACGACACGGCAAUUUGCGAGUGCUGGCCAGAUUACCGAGGAAAUCCGUACGAGGCAUGUCACCCCGAAUGUCUAGUCAAUACAGACUGUCCAAAUUCUCUGGCAUGCAUUCGAACAAAAUGCCAGGAUCCUUGUCCAGGUACCUGUGGAAUAGGUGCAAUCUGUACAGUAUCAAAUCACGUACCGAUCUGUUCCUGCCCAUAUCCAUCGAUAGGGGACGCGUUCACGCAGUGUCACGUGCCUCCAAGACAGCCUGACAUACCAGAUCCCUGCAAUCCAUCUCCAUGCGGCCCGAACACCAUCUGCGAGAAGAUAAAUCAAAGUGUUUUAUGCAAGUGUCUUCCAGGUCUUCAGGGUGAGCCAUCGAGUCUCGCUGGAUGUCACCCCGAGUGCAUCGUCAGCUCCGACUGCCCUGGAGAUAAGGCCUGCGAAAAUUCGAGAUGUGUGGAUCCCUGCACCCAGAACAUCUGCGGCAUCGGAGCAACUUGCAGGGCUAUAAAUCACAGUCCCCUAUGCAGCUGUCCACAGCCACUCGUUGGAAAUCCAUUCGUCGAGUGUCGCAGAGAGGAUCUUUCAGAUCCCUGCAAUCCAUCCCCCUGCAAUGUUAAUGGAGAGUGCAGAGUUCGCAACAAUGUUGCAUACUGCAUCUACCCGGAGUGUCUCAUCAACUCCGAUUGUCCCAGGAACCGCGCCUGCUUCAACCAACGCUGCAGGGACCCCUGCAUUGACACAUGCGGCAUUAAUUCCAUCUGCCAAACCAUCAACCACAAACCGGUCUGCUCAUGUCCAUCCGGGUUCAUCGGUGAUGCUUACGUUCAAUGCAGAAUUACAGACAUUGAAAUUCCCAGACCAGAGUGCACACGGAAUUCAGACUGCCCGAACGACAAAACCUGUUGGGAGCAACGAUGUGUGGAUCCCUGCACUUUGGGGUCAUGUGGAAUCAAUAGUAGAUGCCAAGUUCUUCUUCAUCGUGCUGUCUGCGUCUGCAACGAGGGCUUUACAGGCAAUCCCCAGCAAUACUGCCGAGAGAUAGGUUGUAGGAGCGAUCAGGAUUGCCCUCUGUCACAAUCCUGCGUCAAUCAAGAGUGCCUCGAUGUUUGUGGAAUCACUCAAUGCGGCCUGAACGCAAUCUGCCAGCCAAAUGGAUAUCACAGAUCGAUGUGCAUCUGCCUGGAGGGUUAUCAAGGUGAUCCCAACCGUGCCUGCUACCGCCCUGAGUGCACGACUGAUUCCGAAUGCCCAUCUUACCUCACCUGCAGAAACACAAAAUGUGUGGAUCCCUGCAACUGUCCAUCGACGUCACAAUGCUCAGUCAUCAAUCAUCAUGCGAUGUGCAGGUGUCCUCCUGGAUUCACCGGUGACGCCUCUGAAGGUUGUGUCAGGGUAGCUGAACCUAUCCCUGAAUGCACCGUUGAUGCAGACUGUCCCAGUCGACUCGCCUGUUUCGGUGGCACCUGCAAGGAUCCCUGCGCAGAGACUCGGCCCUGCGUCACAAACGCCAAGUGCACAGUUGUCGACACCCUGCCGAUGAGGACGAUGAUCUGCGAAUGUCUUCCACACUUCAUAGGAGACGCCACCAUUGCCUGCGCCCCAAUUGCUGGACAGAUUGAGAAAUUAUGUACCACCAACUCCGAAUGCCCAUCCAAUACUGCCUGUUUGAACUCACGAUGUGUGAACCCCUGCACCAUUAAUCCCUGCUCCAGUCGGGCUCAGUGUAGAGUCGAGAAUCAUCAGCACGUUUGCACGUGCCCUGAGGGCUAUCUGGGGGAUGCCUUCACUGGCUGCUACAGGGAUAAUACACCAGUGCCUGAGUGCACCACUAAUGACGACUGUUCAUCGAAUCUCGCGUGUGUAAAUCAGUUGUGUCAGAAUCCCUGUGCAAAUGACAGAUGCGGCCUGAACGCCGAUUGUAUCAUGAUCGAACAUCAUCCCACAUGCCACUGCCCUCAGGGUUACGCCGGCGACCCACAGGGUCAAUGUUUCAAGCCUGAAUGCAAAUCAGAUAACGAGUGCCCUUACGAUAAAUCUUGUCGCAAUGGGUAUUGCGCCAAUCCCUGUCACGUAGGUGAUGUUCACUGCGGUCGUGGAGCUGAAUGCAGUGUCAUUGACCAUCAGGCUAGAUGCAGGUGUCCUCUUGGCACCCAGGGAGAUCCACGUGUAACCUGUGUCUCCGCUGUAUGUCAGUACAACGAGGACUGUCCUGAUCACGAGGCCUGCGACAGACUGAACCGAGUUUGUCGUCCAGUCUGCGACGAAGAGUCUUGCGCAGAGACCGCCACCUGCAUACCCAAAGAACACCAACCGAAGUGCGUGUGUCCAGCUGGAACGACUGGUAAUCCCUACGUUGACUGCUCUCAGUUACCCUCUGACAAACCAGAGUGUCGUACGGAUUCUGAAUGCCCAUCGUUUUUGGCCUGCAUUAACACUCGUUGCCAGAAUCCCUGCGCAUUAUCAGAAAUGUGUUCACCUGAUCAAGAAUGCCGAGUCCUGAAUACACUACCCCUGCGUACUAUGAUCUGCGAAUGUCCACCAGAAACAUAUACUGACAUCCACGGCAGGUGCCAGAAGAUCAUCUGGGAUAACACUCAAUGCAGGGGUGAUGAUGAAUGCCCUGAUCACGACAAGUGUCUCAAUGGCAACUGCAUCGAUGCCUGUCUGAUAACCCGUUGUGGCUUCAACGCUCAGUGCAGACCAGAGUCUCACACUGGAAUUUGCUUCUGCGCAGCUGAAUACACUGGCAACGCAUACAUCGAGUGUUCACUGAUGCCUCGAGAGCCCUCACCACCACCCCAACCGGAGUGUUAUUCAACGAGUGAAUGUCCAUCCGACCGUCAAUGCAUCAACUCCAAGUGUGUGAACCCCUGUGUUGCUGGUGAUCCCUGCGGAAGAAAUGCAUUAUGCCACGUGGAUGAUCAUAAUCCAAUCUGCAGGUGUCCAGUGGGUCACCUGGGAGAUCCCAGAAUAAACUGCAUACCACCGAAGAUUACCCUGGGCUGCCUCUCGAAUAGCGAAUGCGCUGGAACUGAAGCCUGUGUCAAUAAUCUAUGCAUCAAUCCCUGCAACUGUGGACCAAACGCUGAAUGUCUGGUGUCGAAUCACUACCCGUCAUGCGUCUGUCACCCUGGAUAUUCGGGAAAUCCCCAACUAGGCUGCACAAAACUUCAAUGUGAAACCGACCACGAGUGUUCUUACGAGGAAACAUGCCACCAAGGUCAAUGUGUGAGCCCCUGCCUGCUGGACAAUCCCUGCGCCAUCAAUGGAGAAUGCUACGGAAAGAAUCACCGAUCAUCGUGCAGAUGCGGCUUGGGCUAUUUCGGGAAUCCCGAGGUGAUCUGCGAGCGUGCAGAAUGCACAAGUGACUUCGAGUGCCCACAGACCCUGGCCUGUGAAAAUAAACGUUGUGUCGAUCCGUGCACGGAUAAAUCACCAUGCGCUGCCAACGCCAUCUGCUUCGUCAGAGCGCAUGCCCCGCUGUGCAAGUGUCCGGAGAGCCUUCCCCUUGGGAAUCCCCUGUCCUACUGCGAGCGUCGACCGCCAACCGUGGAGGAGCCAGAGUGCAGAAAAGACGUGGAUUGCCCGAGUCGAUUGGCCUGCAUCAAAGAGACAUGUGUGGAUCCCUGCCUGAUCAUCCGACCGUGUCUGGAGAACGCUCGAUGUGGAGUUUUAGACACAGUUCCAGUAAGAACGAUGGUUUGCACCUGUCCCGACGGCUGGAGAACAGACACCGACGGCUUCUGUCGACCGAUAACAGUCGUUGGUACCUGCGCCUCAGAUUCUGAAUGCCCUGACCAAGAGGCAUGUGUGAACCGACGGUGCAGAGAUCCCUGCAACUGCGGGCGCAACGCCAAUUGCUUCGUGAAAAAUCACAAACCCAUCUGCUCGUGCCUGGAGGGAUACCAGGGGAACCCUGAGGUCGCCUGUUACUCCCUGGAGUGCCAGAGGGAUUCGGAGUGUAUGCCCGACAAGUCUUGUGUGAACAACAGCUGUGUGAACCCCUGUCUUUUCAACGAUCACUGCGGUAUUAACGCUGAAUGCCUGCCAGUGGCUCACCGAGCUGACUGUCAAUGCAAGGAGGGCUACGUAGGAAAUCCCAGAGACAAAUGUCAGGUUAUUGGUUGCUACAGCAAUGGCGAUUGUCCAUCUGAUCGCUCCUGCGUUAAUCGACAGUGCAUCGAUCCCUGUCUGCACGAAAAUCCCUGCGCCAAAGCAGCUGAAUGCAGGGUUCACGCGCACGUACCCAUCUGCAGAUGCCUCCCAGGAUACAUCGGCAAUCCCAGUGUAGACUGCAGAGUAGAGCCACAACCGGAGUGUCGUGUGGACGGUGACUGCAAGACAUCGAUGGCCUGUUUCAAUGAGAAAUGCCAGGAUCCCUGCACCGUCGUUGAACCCUGCAUCGCACCAUCUGAAUGCAGAGUUUUACCUACACUUCCCGUCAGGACGAUGGUAUGCAUGUGUCCACCGGGUUACAUCAGCAGUGGCAGUGGAACUUGUGAGCCGACGACGCCGAUCCUUCCCAUCGGCUGCACACGAAAUGACGACUGUACACCAGAUAAGGCCUGCGUCAAUGGCGUGUGCAAGGAUCCCUGUGCCUGCGGCAGCAAUGCACACUGCGACGUCAUCGAUCACAAGCCCAUCUGCUCCUGCAUCAGUGGUUACGACGGUAACCCUGAUGUCGGUUGCUCUCGCGUUCUCGAGUGCAGGGCCAACGAUCAGUGCAGUGACACUCACGCCUGCAUUCAGAACACCUGCGUCCCAGCCUGUUCACCGAUUUUCUCUCCAUGCGCCAAGGACGCAGUCUGCUACGGAAUCGACCAUCAAGCUGUAUGCGAAUGCUCUCCAGGUCUCGCUGGAAACCCUCGAGUUUCCUGCAAACCUCUGGGCUGUCGCACCAACUCAGACUGCCCCACAAACCGCGCCUGCGUCAACAGCCUUUGCAUAAAUCCCUGCACCAAAAAUCCAUGUACUGGACAGCUGGAAUGCAACGUUCUGAAUCAUGCUGUCGAGUGCGCUUGUCCCCCUGGGUACGUCGGAGACAUCCUCAGAGGCUGCACACCAGUCGUUAAAAAAUGCAAGCAGGACUACGAGUGCCCAGCACAGACCGCCUGUUUCGACGGCGAGUGCAUCAAUCCCUGUGAGAAAAUCGAGCCGUGCGGAGUCAAUGCCAAUUGCAAAGUCCUGGACACCAAACCCGUGAGGACGAUGAUUUGCGAGUGCAUUCCAGGAUACCGAGGAAAUGCUGUCGUCAGGUGUGACAAGACGCCAGUCUGUCUGAUCGAGAAGGGACAGGUGAGGGAUCAGUACGGCAACUGCAUUUGUCCGCCUGGCACAGCCAAGAACGAGAUGGAUAUCUGCGUCCCAUGUCGUCCUGAGACAGGAAUGAUCAUCACACCCGAUGGCCGUUGCAUCUGCGCCCUGGAGAAGGGAUUCAUCAUCGAUGAGUUCGGCAGGUGCAUCUGCCCAGUGGAGCAUGGAUAUCAACUCGAUCGAUAUGGCAACUGCAAGCUCAUUCAGAUUAUUCAGUGCACCUCUGACGACGACUGCCCCGAUGACAAAUACUGUGAGAAUGGCACCUGCGAAGAUCCCUGCGUUAAACAGACGUGCGCUGCGUACGCCAUCUGUCUGGCCUCGAGACACCGCGCCAUUUGCACGUGUAUCAGUGGUUACACCGGUGAUGGGUACACUGUGUGCUCACCUCCAGAGCCUCCUGGCACCCUGCGAACCGACUUCCCUAAGCCGGAAAUGGAGGCGCACUGUCUGUCUGAUGGUGUCCAGGUGCAGAUUCACGUGCAGCAUCAGGGUUUCGAUGGUGUACUUUACGUUCGCGGCAGGAGCAAAGAAGAGGAGUGUAGAAGGGUUCUCUCCAUUCCUGCUGAUAACACUGACAAAACUGAAACGUUUAAGGUCAAAUUUGGACACUGCGGUCUGAUUCAUGUUAAUGGAGAGGCUAGCUUUGUUCUUGUUAUACAGAAACAUCCGAAGCUUGUGACUUACAAGGCUCAGGCUUAUCACGUCAAGUGCAUCUAUCAGACUGGUGAGCAGAAUGUCACUCUAGGAUUCAACGUCUCCAUGCUAACCACUGCUGGUACCAUCGCCAACACUGGACCACCUCCCACCUGCGCCAUGAAAAUCGUCACGCAGACUGGAGACUCUAUUGCAUCCGCUGAGAUCGGUCAGAAUCUCAUGCUCCAGGUCGAUGUCCAGCCACCAUCAAUCUACGGAGGAUUCGCCAGGAACUGCGUCGCCAAGACCAAGGAGAAUGAUAAGGAGAAUGAGUACAUGGUCACCGAUGAAAAUGGAUGCGCCACUGAGCCCACCAUCUUUGGGGAGUGGAUGCAGGAUCCUGAGACACAAGCCCUCACUGCCAGCUUCAAUGCCUUCAAGUUCCCCAGCAGUGAUACCAUUCGAUUCCAGUGCAAUAUCAGGGUCUGCUUCGGAAGGUGUCAACCGGUCAAUUGUCGUGGCUACAAUGCAUUUGGCCGUAAGAGGAGAGAUAUAGGAGACGAAUACAAUGACACAGCCCUGAGUAUAUCAGACGGGUAUGACGGCCAGCUCAGGGAAGAAAUAAUGAUUGAAUCAAAUUUAAUCACAACUCUUGAGAGGAGAGAGGAGAGAUACACGGCAGAUCCUGCGGAAUUGCCCGCAGCUCAGAGAGCCGAAGACAUAUGCGUAUCAAUGGUCGGCUUUAUAAUCUCCCUCGUGAUAACGGCGCUAUUGGCCCUCGUCGCCGUCGCCAUCGCCGUGUCCUGCUGGCUGAUGGCCUACAGAAGACAGCCAAAGACUGCUGGACCACUGCCACAUCCCCCAGAAUUUCCCAAUCCACUCUUCACCACAGAAUCAGUGGCUGAACCCUCACCCGAUUAUCAUCUCUCAUAAUACGACUCGGUGGAGGAAAAAAAUCAAUCACUGAGUCGUCGAUUUAAAAAAGAAAACAAAAUCGAUCAUUUUUGUUAAUCGAAGUAAUUUUAGGAUAAUUAAUUUUAAACGAGGA